CGAGUUUCUUAACGCACCGCAGCGUAGAUCUGUGCAGCAUCUGAUGUGCCUGUCCUUGCGAUGAUGCAAGAUCCGUCUGUCAACCGCCUUACCCUCGGCUCGUCCAUCGCCUUCGCUUCCGGCGCAGCAAUCGCCUAUGCCGUGCUCACGUUCCGAAGAAAGAAACAACACGAGCCGCCGCGUGAGGCGCUGAGCAAGGCCCUGUACGAGAAAGCAUCCAUGGCCAUCGACAAGGUGCAUGACAAUGACCCAUCCAAGACGGAGGACUCCGUGGCAAAGGAGCUCAAAUACGCAGAUUCGAUUAUCGAGUGGAUCACAAAGGUGGUGCCGGAACCCUCGCUGACACUGCUGCUUGCUGGGGUGAGUGAGAGGGGCCGGUGCACUCAUGUGUGUCUGCAUUCACGGUGUGUUGUUGGGGUGUGUUUGUGCGGUGCAGAGGGCUCAGCACUUCGAGAGGUGGGCCAUCCCGCGCAACACGUAUCCCAUGGACAAGCCCGGCUACCUGAGAUGGAGGGCAGAUGUCAAGAAGAGACAGGUACGACCCACACCACACGGCCGAUCACGGUCUGUGAUUCAUCCGUCUGUGUGUGUCCGUCAGGGUCAGCGCAUCCGUGAGGUUUUCGCGGCCAUCGGCAUCAGUGAGACCGUCGCUGACCGUGUGGGCGCCCUGGUGGCCAAGGCAACGCCGGCCUCUGACCCCGACGCACAAGCGCUCGAGGACGCUGCAUGCCUUGUCUUCCUCGCCGAGCAGUCGGCUGAUUUCAGCGCAGACAAGGACGACGCGAAGAUGAUCGGCAUACUGCAGAAAACAUGGGUCAAGGUACUAGGACUGCUAAGUCAGAAGUGAUCUCCGUGAUUUGACACACACGGUAUGGUGAUUCCUGUUGCUGCUGUGGUUUAGAUGAGUGCUCAAGGCCACCUGCUGGCCCUCGAGCUGCCCCUCCCCUCCCGUCUUCUUGCCCUCAUUCUGAUCGCCCUCAAGCCACCACCUUCGCCACCGACAGCAGAGAAGACGAGGCCAUCAACACGCCCAUCCACAGCCGACUCCACCACAGAGGCACCACCGCCGGCAUUCUCAGUCACGCAUCACCCUCCCUGCCCUCUCUCAACGGAGUCCAUCGCUGAGAUCAAGGAAUUCGCGUCGGCAGUGAGCAAUGAGUGGGGCGAUGGCGUUCUGGAGAGGCUGGAGACUGCGGUGCCUGGGUUGAAAGCCAUGUGGGCUGGCCCGCUGCGGAAGGGGGGGACGGUCAAGGGCGUCCUGGAGGCGCUGAUCGACCGCUCUGGUGCAGACGGCGAAGUGGAGCUGCUGCAGGUGAGGUGGAUGAGUAUACACACCAGAAUGGGAAGCCGCACUGGUGCCUACUCUUCUUGGGUGUAUGGACAGGCCCUCGCGGACCACAUGAUGUCGCGGAAACUACCAGUUGAUCUCCUCUGCGCACUCCCGGUGAGGACACAACCAAAAAGGGCCCCGCUGCCCGCAACACUGCCUGUUUGUCUUCCUUACUCCCUUGAAGGAUGCUAUCGUGGGCUCCGAUCCCCUCCUGCUGAGUCCGCCCUUUCUCCUGUCCCGUGUCGGCUGGGUGUUCGCCUACAUGGCCUCCCAGACACCCCCAGGGGCACCCACUGCCACCAUAGCAGCUGCCAUGGAGACCUUCAUGCACAAGAUCAAGGCCAUCCGCGACUCUAUGGCCCUCCCCACUGCUGCAUCCCUUCCGGCAUUGGGAGCGGCCGGCGGUCUGUGCCGUGCCGUCGGGCAGCUGUGGGGGGCGGAGGGGUGGCUGCUCUCAUACCUGGACGAGCGGUGCCUUAGUUCGCUGACUGUAGAUCAGUACCGCGAGGUCAAGGGCCUGCAUGCACAGCUGACUGAGAUGGUCGAGACCUUCAGGCCGGCAGGUACACAGACAGAAACAGUAGGAAUGAAUACGUGGAGGGUAUGUGCGUGAGUCUUAUCUUUGUUGACGUGCAGAUGUGUUGUCGCAGUUGUUUUUGGCUGCCACACAGGGGACAGCCAUGGUGCACCCAGGCGUGAUGCAGCAGGAGACCGUCCAUCAGCUGUGGGGAUCCGCUCUCGCCCAGCUCAGCCACCAGUGCAGCACGGCGCCCCUGCUGGUGCUGCAGAUCAUGGACGCCUACACGGCCUGCAGCAGGGAGGGCAACGAGCCAGAUCCUUUGGGCAUCGCUGAAGAGAUGGCUGCACUCGCAAGUACGUGUCUGUGCAGAUAUAUACAAUGCAGCCGUCAGGAAUGCGCGUGCAGUGGUUGAGUGUGUGUGUGUGUGUGUCUGUUGGUCAGUUUGUCGUCUACUGGAGGGUGCACUGGGUGCGUGCUGCUAUGCUGUGCGAGUGGCGGAGGGCCUGAAGCUGACGGGUGGUGAGUGUCGUGUGUCGUCUCGGUCGCUGCACUCGACACUGCAGAAGGUGUCUGUGCAUCUGAGGGACGUGGAGCAAAGGACGGGGGUGUUUCGUGAAUGAAGAACUCUUGAAGGGCCUGAGUGCGCUCAGCCAUACACGAGAGGUCAUACCACAUGUGGUGUGAUGGACGGAUCAGCGAUUCGCGUGUACGUGAUAGCUGUCAUAGUAGGAAGUGUAGCGGUGUUUGGAGCCUUGUUGUGCCACCUCUGCUUCGGUCAGUCCGAUACCCUUCUGCCGUCCUCACCCAACCGCCAGGCGACAAAUCACGGGUGACCUUGUCUCGUGACGGUUGGCUGAGGGCGGCUGGAGGAUGUCAGGCUGAAUACUUCAAUGAAAUGCAGCUAUCGACAUGAGAGCCAUGGAUGGAUGGAUGGAUGGAUCGAUAUCGAUGACGGCCAUCAUGUGUCAUUUAUCAGCA